CUUUAAUGCUGAGAUCUUAAUUUAGAUUGUCAACCUUUCUGGCAAACACAGAUGAAGACCAGGAAGGAUUUUGGACUAAUAUGUAUAAUAAGUCUAUUCCUACAGAAUACUUUUCCUGGAUGCCUAACAGGCCAUAUGCAGGUACUGAUGGUUACAAUUGUAUGACACUCAACGUUGAUUUUAAGAUUAUUUAUGGUAAUGAAAAUAUUACAAGCAUUGGAACUGGAGACGAAGAAUGUGCAGGAGGCUGGGUGGAUUGUGGUAUCUGUCAGGUUCCUUUGGAUGUUGUCAAAAUCAGAGUGAGGGGUCUUUGUGAGUUGACUCGUUUUGAUCAAUGGUAUAUAUAUAAUAUUAAUAAGGAUGGAACACCAAUAUUUAGGGGGACAUAUACAUCAAGCAUUAUCUUUAAUAGAGUUGGCUUAAGAUGGGAAUGGUACGAUCGAUCUCUAAACUCAAGUAUAGCUUUGAUACAAGCCCCUGUGAGUUCUUUAUUGCUAGGUCUUCAGACUGUAGACUUUAGAAAUGCAUUUGAUGGAAAAUGUAUCAAAGAUGGGGAAUCUUUCAUCCGGCAAGUUAAAUUCACAACUUGUGUUCAAGGACAAUUUACAUGCAAUGAUGGUCAGUGCAUCGACAUAGAAAAAAGAUGUGAUCAAACUUCAAAUUGCUUUGAUGAGUCAGAUGAAGAAAAUUGUAGGAUGAUAAGUAAGAAAACAAACUACAACAAAAAAAUUGCUCCUUUCAAAUAUGAUGAAGAAAAUAAGGAGUAUAUCCCAGCAAAUAUUAAUGUAUCAAUUGCCCUCAGGGAUAUCUUGAAGAUUGAAGAGAUUAACCAUGGUUUUACUCUGAAGUUCUUAAUGGAAAUGGAGUGGUAUGAUUAUCGCCUUAAUUAUUUUAAUCUCAAAGUUAACCAGUCCCUGAAUGCUCUCUCUACAGAAGAAGUACAGAAUAUUUGGAUUCCAUUUAUUUUGUUUGAUAAUACUGAGAAUAAUGAUGCUACUAAGGGAGAUGAAGAUACAGAGAUGACAAUUACAAGGGGAGGGAAUUUCUCCAUGAGUCCAGAUACUCUUUCUGAAGAAAUCAAUAUUUACAAUGGAGUUGACAAUAGCAUAAUUUUUCGGAGAGUCUACACCAAAACUUUUAAGUGUGUUUACCAGCUGCAGAUGUAUCCAUUUGACUCCCAAACCUGUACGGUCAACAUGAACCUAAGGGAGUUGGAUAGGUCAGCUGUAAAUAUUUCUCCAGGACAGUUAACAAUGGAAGGGGAUACUGUUCUUACACAGGAUUAGAUAGUUUUAACAUUUCAGGCUUCUCUGAUAAUAUAUAGGACCUCAGUAACAAUGUAUAGCGGAAAAAUUAUGUCAAUUGUAAAACUGUCAAAUAAAUUUUUUAGUAUAUAAUAGUUUAUUGGAAGUUAGAUUAUAUUGAUGUUAAAAAUCCAUCCAAAGGAUUAAAUGUGGUGAUAAUUCUUCAAAGAAGAAUAAUCAACCAGCUUCUAACAACAUAUCUUCCCAGCAUCCUUAUUUUGAUCAUUGUUUACCUCACUAGCUUCUUCAAACCCUUCUUCUUUGAGGCAGUUGUUACAGUGAAUCUGACAGCUUUACUUGUACUAACUACACUGUUCAUCAGUGUUUCAGGUGCUCUACCACCAACAGCCUAUGUAAAGAUGAUAGAUGUUUGGUUGAUCUUCUCUCAAAGUAUUCCAUUUUUUGAAGUUUGUCUCCAAACAUUCAUUGAUAGCAUGAGGGAAGAUGAAAAUCGUGAAGUAAAUCAUCAUGGAAUAUCAGUUCCUGCAAACGAAAACAAGAAUCUAGAAAAGAAAAAUGAGUUAUUCUAUGUCAGGCCCCAAUCUUUGAAAGAUGUAAAAACUGAAACCACUGAGUCUAGGAAAAAAUUAACCCAAAUAAAUGAGGCUCUUUUGGUACAAGCAAGAAAAGAAUUCUAUAAAAGAGUUACCAUAAAGAAGAUGGUAUGGUAUGGAGAAUUCACAGUUAAAUGUCUCAUCCCAAUUUUCAUAAUUAUAUUCUCUAUUGUCUACUGGUUCUAUGGGCUCUCUCACUACCUAAAUGAAGAUUAUGGAAUUUAAAAAUUGUAAUAGUUAAACUAAAUAAAACAUUUA